AUCAGCUGUCACAUCUAAUGAUAAACCGUUACUACUUAAAUUUUAUUUUUGAAAAUGUUAGCUGCCAAAUAGUUAGUAUAGGCGGCUCCAUUAACCACUGUAUGUACUGCAAAUACUUUCAUUUGACUGCACAAUUCAACGCUUGUGUUAUCUUGAAUAACUCGGUGGCAGCUAUGCCGUUGGCUUUAUCAGAGGCUGCUGCCAUGUGCGAAACCCUCUGGUGGCUUUCGGUUCGACGCUCAGUCGUUAUCCAGAGACCGAUGAGCUCACAUUAAAAUUAGAAUAAGUGAAUUGUUGAUCUACAAAAAAAGCAACAAAUAAAAAACAGGCACAUUGUGAACUUGAGGAACAACAAUGUCGACCAAGAUAAAAACAUUGAUUUCCGGUCGUGGGCUGCUGUGGUUGUUGCUCUUGGUGUGCCUGCUCGUUUCCGUGCCAAGCGCCAGUUGCACGCCGAGCGACUUAGAUGCCCCCGAUACGAAGUCAACCAAUGUGAGCACUCUGGAUCGGCUACAAAUGAAUCUCUUCGUUAACUACGAUGCAAACGUUCAGCCCACAAUUCAGGGCAAAGCGACAAACGUAAGCCUUGGUCUAUCGGUGAACUACAUAGAUAUCGAUGAGUUGAACGGCAAGAUCACGCUCCAUUGUUGGCUGACUGUGCGCUGGAUGGACGAGCAGCGUUCAUGGAAUAUUAAGCAAUAUGACAACAUUACCAAGCUGCAUAUACCCGACAACAAGGUGUGGAAGCCACAGAUUAUGAUCUUCAACGCCGCCGCCGAUGAGGGCAACUAUCCUGUGAGCACGCAGGUUAUCCUGUCCAAUGAUGGCAGCUUCCUGUGGGUGCCGCCAGCCGUCUACACGGCCUACUGUGCGCUGAACAUGAUCAACUGGCCGUACGAUCAGCAGAUAUGCAAGCUCAAGAUUGGCACCUGGUCGGUGAGCAAUCUGAAUGCGGCCUAUAACAAGGUGAUCGACUAUGAUGACCUGGUGCAGUCGAGCGAGUGGGAAAUUGUCAGCGGCCGGACAGAGUUUGUGCACAAGGACUAUUAUAGCUACGUAGAGUUCAUAUUUACGACUCAGCGUCGCUCCAGCAUGUAUAAAGCAAUCAUCUUUACGCCGGCCUCUUGCAUAGUGCUCCUCACGCUUGCCGCUUUCUGGCUGCCGCCGAAGAUGGGCGAGAAGAUAAUGCUCAAUGGCAUACUCAUCCUCAUGAUUGCCUCAUUUCUCAUGUACUUUGCCCAGCUGCUGCCCGUGCUGGGCGGGAAUACGCCGCUCAUUGUUUUGUUCUACAGCGCCAGCUUGUUGGUGCUCAGCAUCUCGACGAUUAUUGAGGUCGUGGUGCUCUACCUGGCCACGGCACAGCAUAAGCGUCGCCUGCCGGAAAUCGUAAAACGUCUGUUGAAUGGCAAACUGGGCUCUUGUCUCAUGCUCUCACACUUUACCAACGACGCCGAGCUGCCCGCAACGCAAAGCAAUGGCUCACUCAAGGAGAUGGCUGAGAAUCUGUACGACAGUGUGGAGGAUAUGACCAGUCCGCUGGACAUCAAUCCCACUGCCACGCCUUCAGUGCGUGCCCUACAGUUCGACUGGGUGCUGUUGGCCACAGCCGUGGAUCGUAUUUGUUUCGUUGCCUUUAGCCUGGUCUUCAUGGUGUUGAGCAUUGUUUAUGUUGCCUAAGAUCCUAAAAAACAUCUCCUUCAAAUAGAUUUUGUUUAUAGAUAUGUAUAUCCUGUUAUACCAGGUACUACAGCACUCAGAGAAAAAAACUUUAUAUUUUUUCUGUUUUGAAUAAAGUUUAAGCAAUUUAUAAA